GGCCCCCAUGAACUGCCUGUCACACGUCCCAGGCAGGGGGCUCACAGGUCUUGCCCUGGCCGCGUUUUUUGGGGGGCUGUUUCACUGCUUUUGGGGCGUUCACGGCAGCGCGGGAGCCUGGAAUUCUUUGAACGAUGACCUCUUGCUGCCAUACCUUCCUCCCCAGCACGGCCCACGGCACCACCAUCGCUACGUCCGAGACUGCCAGGCUCACCGGCAUGGCAAUGCGACGCAUGAAACCUGGCCCAGCGACAACAGCAGUGCCUCCCCUCUGGCUAAUACAUAUACAUUUGUUUCGGACUUCCCACCGUACCGUCCAAAUCGCCGCCAGGUGUACGGCCACUUGACUAUAGUGCGUGACCCCCUGAGGACUUUUUCUGUCCUAGAGCCCGGGGGACCAGGGGGCUGCCAUCUCCACCGCAGAGCUACUGUGGAAGAGACGGUGAGCCGAAGUCAGUGCCUUGUGGCCCAGAAUGGGGGCUAUUUUGAUACAAAGACAGGAGCAUGUUUAGGGAACGUUGUAAGCAAUGGGCACCGGGUACAAUCCUCUGGAGGAGUGCAGAAUGCUCAGUUUGGUAUCCGGAAAGAUGGCACUUUAGUGUUUGGCUACCUCUCUGAGGAUGAGGUCUUGGCUACAGAGAACCCAUUUGUGCAGCUUGUCAGCGGGGUGGGGUGGCUUCUACGUAACGGAGAGGUCUACGUGAAUCAGAGCCAGGUGGCAGAAUGCGACAAGACUCAGGAAACAGGGAUUUUUGACACUUUUGUCAACAUUGUGUCUGCCAGGACGGCUGUGGGGCAUGACCGGCAAGGACGGCUCGUGUUGUUUCACGCUGAUGGGCAGUCAGGCGUCAGAGGGCUGAACCUCUGGGAAAUGGCAAAUUUCCUGAAGGAACGCGGCGUCGUGAAUGCGAUCAACCUGGAUGGUGGGGGAUCAGCUACUUUUGUUGUCAACGGAUCCCUUGCUAGCUACCCUUCGGAUCACUGCGUGUUUGACUCUACCUGGCGCUGCCCUCGGAGCGUUUCGACCGUCUUGUGUGUGCACGAGCCUGCCUGCCAACCUCAAAACUGCAGCGGGCAUGGGCACUGCGUGCUUGGACGAUGCCACUGCCACGGAGCCUUCUGGAGAGGGCCAGCCUGCGACGUGCUGGAUUGUGGUCCUUCCAACUGCACUAUUCACGGAAUGUGCACGGAGACGGGAUGCGUCUGUGAUGCCGGUUGGACUGGUGAAAACUGCACCCAAGCUUGCACCGAUGGUACCUACGGGGACAGCUGUGCUCAGAAAUGCCUCUGCCACAACAACGGCAAGUGUGACCCUGUGUACGGAUCCUGCACUUGUCCAGUGGGCUUCAGAGGAAUCUUCUGUGAAGAAGGUGAGAGGUUUGGAGCAGGGGUGGGUUCUACUUACCUUUACUACCGGUUUGCAGUGGGGCCACGUGCAUGCGCACUCUUCUGCGCAUAUGCAGAAGCGUUUUGAUGACGUUGGGGUCGGUGGGCGGAGCCUC